GGGCUGGGCACGGGAAGGGCUUUGGCCUGCACAGACCUGAGCAGGGCAUGUCACUGGGAAACUCCGAGAGCCACGCUGCCAUGGGAGGCUGCGGCACGUGGGCAUGGCGGGAGCUGCUGGUGAUGCUGGGCAGCGUGUGGCUGGGGGUGGGCAGCUCCCAGCCCACCCCCCUGGGCCCCACGCACACUCCUGGGCCCCAGCUGAAGUUUCGUCUGGCCGGUUACCCACGCAAGCACAACGAGGGUCGUGUCGAGGUUUUUUACAACGACGAGUGGGGCACCAUCUGCGACGACGACUUCACGCUGGGCAACGCGCACGUGCUGUGCCGGCACCUCGGCUUCGUGGCUGCCACCGGCUGGGCCCACAGCGCCAAGUAUGGCAAAGGCGUUGGGCGGAUCUGGCUAGACAACGUGAACUGUGCCGGAGGAGAGAAGAGCAUCGGGGACUGCAAACACCGGGGCUGGGGCAACAGCGACUGCAGCCAUGAGGAAGAUGCGGGUGUCAUCUGCAAGGAUGAGCGCAUCCCAGGCUUCAAGGACUCCAAUGUCAUUGAGACAGAGCAGAGCCACGUGGAGGAGGUCCGCCUGCGGCCGGUGGUGUCGGGGGCCCGGCGGCAGCUGCCGGUGACAGAGGGCAUCGUGGAGGUGCGCUACAAGGACAGCUGGGCACAGAUCUGUGACGAGGGCUGGGACAGCCACAACAGCCGCGUCAUCUGCGGCAUGAUGGGUUUCCCGGCUGAGAAGAAGGUCAACAGGAACUUCUACAAGCGGCUGAAGCGAGCAGCCAGGAUGAAGGGCCGGAGCCCGAGGCCAGGCAGCAGGCUGGCCUCCAAAUCUCAGCCUAAACAAAAGCACAGGGAGGACGUAGGGCCCAAGAAGAGGCUCUUCACGGAGCGGCAGCAGCUCAACUACCGCCUGCACUCGGUGUCAUGCACAGGGACAGAGGUGCAUCUCUCCAUGUGCACCUUCGAGUUCUACCGAGGCAAUGCCUCGGCUGCCUGCAGGGCCGGGAUGCCCGCCGUCGUCAGCUGCCUGCCCGGGCCCCUCUUUGCUGCUGGGAAUGCCCACAAGAAGAAACAGCGCCAGCAGCAGCAGGGCCAGCCCCGGAUCCGGCUGAAGGGCGGUGCGAGGGUCGGCGAGGGCCGUGUCGAGGUGCUCAAGAGCAGCGAGUGGGGCACGAUCUGUGACGACCGCUGGAACCUGCUGUCGGCCAGCGUGGUGUGCCGGGAGCUGGGCUUUGGCAGCGCCAAGGAGGCCCUCACCGGUGCACGCAUGGGCCAAGGGACGGGACCCAUCCACCUUAACGAGGUGCAGUGCCAGGGCACCGAGAAGUCUCUCUGGAGCUGCCCCUUCAGGAACAUCACGCAGGAGGACUGCAAGCACACGGAGGACGCAGCUGUCCGCUGCAACAUCCCCUACAUGGGCUACGAGAACCUGAUUCGGCUGAGCGGGGGCCGGAGCCGCUUCGAGGGGCGGGUCGAGGUGGCGGUGGGGGCUGGCGACAGGGACCAGCCCCGCUGGGGUCUGGUCUGCGGUGAAGGCUGGGGUACGCUGGAGGCGAUGGUGGCCUGUCGCCAGCUGGGUCUGGGAUUCGCUAACCACGGCUUACAAGAGACGUGGUACUGGGACGCCAGCAAUGUGACAGAGAUGGUCAUGAGCGGGGUGAAGUGCGCCGGCCACGAGAUGUCCCUGAGCCACUGCCAGCACCACGGCGCCAGCCUGAGCUGCAGGAACACGGGCACGCGCUUCGCCGCGGGCAUCAUCUGCUCCGAGACUGCCUCCGACCUGCUGCUGCACGCACCACUGGUGCAGGAGACGGCCUACAUCGAGGACCGGCCGCUGCACAUGCUGUACUGCGCCGCCGAGGAGAACUGCCUCUCCAGCUCGGCCCGCCUGGCCAACUGGCCCUAUGGGCACCGCCGCCUGCUCCGCUUCUCCUCCCAGAUCCACAACCACGGCCGUGCCGACUUCCGCCCCAAGGCUGGCCGGCACUCCUGGGUCUGGCACGAGUGCCACCGGCACUACCACAGCAUGGACAUCUUCACCCACUACGACAUCCUGACCCCCAACGGCACCAAGGUGGCUGAGGGACACAAGGCCAGCUUCUGCCUGGAGGACACCGAGUGCGAGGAAGAUGUGGCCAAGCGGUACGAGUGUGCCAACUUCGGGGAGCAGGGCAUCACUGUGGGCUGCUGGGACCUGUACCGGCAUGACAUCGACUGCCAGUGGAUCGAUAUCACUGAUGUCAAGCCAGGCAACUACAUCCUGCAGGUUGUGAUCAACCCCAACUUCGAGGUGGCAGAAAGUGAUUUCACCAACAACGCCAUGAAAUGCAACUGCAAGUACGACGGGCACCGCAUCUGGGUGCACAGCUGCCACAUCGGAGAUGCACUCAGCGAGGAGGCCAACAAGCGGUUUGAGCAGUACCCAGGUCAGCUCAACAACCAGAUUUCAUAGGGCCCCGGACCCCAGAGAGAUGGGCAUCUCCCUCCCUCACCCCGUACGGGUGGGAGGAAGCCCCUGGGGGCUGGCAGGGAGGCCUCUUGCCCAGCACUGCUGCU